UCACUAUACCUUGCUGGCUCUUGCUUCGACACCUACCCAUCUCCAAAGGUAUUUGUGACUUGAUCAAAUAGAAUUAAUGUGAGUUAUUUACUCUUCUUUUAAUGAUUUACCAGGUAACAUGACUGCAGUAUUCCAGAGGAAUGGCCAUACAUUUAGCCUCAGCCUCAGCAUUUUUGAAGCCAAGCUUGGAGUCUUGUCUCCCCUAUAAGAAUGUUCACUGCGACAUCAGAUUGGAUGUGGCAUGGUGGGUUUCAACCGGCUUAUUUUGGGCCAGAGGUAUUGCAGCCUCCCUCCCCUUCCCAGUCUGCUACAGCACAGUUUCGUCCUCAUUGCUUGCCUGCUGCCCUGGAAAGGAAGCCUCUUCAGGAAUGUGCAUGUUUGUGGGCAGAGGGUUUGUGCCAAGUCUUGGUGGUGCUGCUAAGUCUGUGUGAAGGACUCUGGGCUGCGCCACGACCAAAGCCUCUGGACCCUCGGGCUGAGUUUGAUUCAAUUGUCAACCUGGCAAGAAACCUGCUGAGUGAUACCAAGAACCUCUUUAACCACUUUAAAAACCGUUACCCAGCAGAAGGUGAGCACAAGCUGGAAACACUACCGGUUUUGUCCAUGAAUGCGGUGGAACUUGCCAAUAUUCAGGUCUCUGGGGGUCUCGCCCGGCUCAGCUCAGACUUGCAGUGUUACCAGCGCCACUUUGAGUGGCUACGGAAAGCGGCACCACUGCUGCGGCCCAUGGAGCAUGACAUUGGCACUGUGCACAACCGGCUUGACCGCCUUCUUAAAAGACUGGAGCAUCUGAUGACGAAGCUCAGCCUCUCCCGGCCCAAUGACCCUUUGCCAACUCUCCCAGCUCAUGGCACCCACUGGUCUGUCGUUCAGGCAGGACAUGCCAUCGUCCACUCAUUUCACCUUUAUCUAGACUGGGCAGCACGUGUGCUGGUUCUGAUCCGAAACAAGCUGUGAGCUGCAGGAAAACAAAACCACCACGGAUAUUUUGGAAAGCCUCCUUUCGAACCUGGAACUCUUGGAUGCUGCUUCAGCAAAACCUAUGGAGAAGGGUGCAACGAAGUCUAUAAGAUGGGCACCACUGGAUUCCUCCUUUAGGGGAUGCUGCUGGGUGGGAGGAACUGAGACGUUUGGACAGCUCACACCUUCUUACACUGGGUGGCCAUUGUGGAAUAAGUAGGAGCUUCUUUGCUCUUGAAACAACCAUUUCAUCUCAUUCUCCAUAUGAGCUUGAGGUAAUAAUUAGGGAGAGAGUGUUUGUUUUUCUUCCAAAUUUCUCUCCCUUGCAUCAAUGGAACAUUAUAAUCUGGAUGAUAUGCAUUGAUCUGUGUCAUGUAUAAGGGAAUCCUUUAGUGGCAUGUAGUGUGUGGGAUUACUGUUUUAAAAAGAUCAAAAACAUCAUGCUCAUCUUUACUGAUCUUUCCCUGCCGUGUAUAUGAUCGACUCAGUUUCCACUGGGGGAAGAGGCGCUAUGACCAGUAGGCCAAAGUCAUGCCUCCAUCUAGAAUAAUUGUGCUCAAAAACAUUUCCUAGGAUCCUCCAAUAGAACUGGGAAUCCUGUGGGCUUUGGAUGAAGGGAAAAGGAUUCCUUGAAGGGAGGGCAUUUAGACCUCAAAGAGAGGUGACCAGGCAUUCACUAAGCCACAUCCUGAUUUCACAUAGCCCUUAGUUCAGCUAAAAAAAACCUCAGUGCCCUACACAAUUAAUUGGGCUGCACAAGGAUGCUUUGUAAAAAGCUUACCUUAAGCAAGUCACAGUCUCUCAGCCUCUGAGAAAGGCAAGGGCAGUGCCCUCUGAACAAAUCUUGCCAAGAAAACCUCGUGAUACUUUUGCAUUAGGAUUUCCAGAAGUCAGAGACAAUUUGAAGGUACGCAGCACACACACAACAAGAUGGUCUAAGACACCGUCUUAGAAAAGGUACACAUCUUUAAAAAAAGGUAUGCACCAUCCUUCUUACACCCCACCUUUCUUACAAAGGUCUGUGGUACCUAAAGAUGGAACAAGAUUUCUUUAGUGCAAGUCUCAUGCAAACCUACUUCAUUUAGUGCAUGAUAACAACAAUGCUGGAUGCAUCUCUGAUGGUGCUUAGUAUGAGAUUUCCAUACAUUGCCUAAAAUAGCCUCCCUUGACCCUCCAGACGUGUUGGGACUACAAUCCUAAUAUCAUCCAAGCAGGUGGUUUGGGGACUGUGGGGUUGUAGUCCAUCACCUCUGGAGGUCACAAGAUAGAAAAGCCUUAUCUGACAGCAACAGAAAUUAGUUUUUUCCUCCUCAUUCAAUAUUGCAUUUUUCACAUGCGUAUUUAUGCAGGUUUGAUCAUCUGACCAGACAGAUAAUUAAUUAAAACUCCAAAGAGUUUUAAAAUGCCAGAAAAACAUUUCAAAGCAAGUAUUCAGCAGAGUGGGACACUGCUUCCUAACGAGAGUGUAAGAAGUAGAAUUUAGUCUAGACUAUAAAAUUACCUCCAUCCUCCACAACUAAAAACCUUUCACCAGACAAGACAAGCUGUAUUUUCCUUUACCAGCAGUGCCCCCUGGUGGACGAACAUAUUGUCAAACAAGCCAGUUGUUUUAAAAGGCAACAAAAGGAUGCAAAGCAGGAUCAAACCAGGUUCAAAAUAGUUAAUGCUAGAAUGUGUAGUCUAUUUACUGUCCUAAAUUUGGCCAAUGCACGGAUUCAAAAUAUGACCAGUAUCUUCCGCUUUAGAUUUCCAUAUGUGGACUGAGAUAUUUAGUUGUUUUUUUUUUAAUUGCACAUUGAAAUUCAAUCCAUACCAUUCAAUGCAGGGAUAAGCAACCUGUGCUUCGACUGUGGUUCGACUCAGCAGUGAUCAAGUAUGAUGGAAACUGUAGAGCAGCAUUAUCUGACAAACGACAGGAUCCCCACCUCUCUUUCAAUGGCUAGACCUAGCACCCACCCAUCCACCAGUUUCAGAUAUUUAUCAUUAAUAGCUCCUGGAUAUUUAUAAAAUAAACCAUUAGGUUUCUUCCUUAUAAGUUAUUUUUUUAAUUUAUCUGUUCCAAGUCUGGGUUGUUUUAUUAAUUAUUGUUGUUCUUUGA